GUCUCUAGGGUUUAUGGUUGCCUGCUCCAUCGUUCCGACGCUUGCGUAGAGAAGGAAACCUAGGCUUGGAGCAGAGAGAUCCAAAGAUGAAGACGAUUCUUUCAUCCGAGACCAUGGACAUUCCGGACGGCGUGAAGAUCACGGUGAAGGCGAAGAUCAUCGAAGUGGAGGGGCCGAGAGGGAAGCUGACCCGCAACUUCAAGCACCUGAACCUGGACUUUGAUCUCAUCACCGACCAGGAGACCGGCAAGAAGAAGCUGAAGAUCGACGCCUGGUUCAGUUCUCGCAAGGCCACGGCCUCCAUCCGUACCGCCCUAAGCCACGUCGAGAACCUCAUCAAGGGCGUCACCAGGGGAUUCAGGUACAAGAUGAGAUUCGUUUAUGCUCACUUUCCUAUCAACGCCAGCAUCACCAACACCAACAAGUCUAUUGAGAUCCGUAAUUUCCUUGGCGAGAAAAAGGUGAGGAAAGUGGACAUGCUUGAAGGAGUUUCCAUAGUCCGGUCUGAGAAGGUUAAGGAUGAAUUGGUUUUGGACGGCAAUGAUAUCGAACUUGUUUCUCGGUCUGCUGCUCUAAUUAACCAAAAAUGCCAUGUCAAGAACAAGGAUAUCCGGAAGUUCCUUGACGGUAUAUAUGUCAGCGAGAAGGGAAAUAUUGUUGAGGAAGAGAAUUGAUUUUAUUAGCUAUGCUUCCGUUUUUGUUCUGUUGGUUCUCUAGAUGUUAUCUUUUGAAGCUCAAGUUUGUGGGAAACCUUAUUCAAAGUGGAGUUUACAAUUUUGGUUUUGCCGGACAUCUAUCUCAUUUAAGCUGACAAUUGUUUUUCUACAACCAUUUGAAUGUUUCAACAUGCUUGCUAGAAUGGUUGUGUUGUGUUUGGCUGGUGUUUUGGAGAACUUAAGCAUAUUAGAUUUGAAUCCAUUGUCCAUUAGCUAUUGUCUAUCCAA